AUGGGAGUGACUAAUCUAUGGCAGAUCUUGGAGCCUGUGAAAGAACAUGUUCAUCUGAGCAGUCUCAGGGGAAAAACCCUUGCUGUUGAUUUAAGUCUAUGGGUGUGUGAGGCACAGACUGUUAAAAAGAUGAUUGGAGUAGUCACCAAGCCUCAUCUUAGGAAUCUAUUUUUUCGAAUCUCUUCUUUAACCUCAAUGGAGAUCAAAUUGGUGUUUGUGAUGGAGGGGGAUGCCCCAAAGCUGAAAGCAGAAACAAUGAGUAAGAGGAAUGAGCUCCGCUAUGGGUCUUUGAAAAAACCUAGGGCUGCAAAAACAGGGAGAUCCUAUUUUAAAUCAAUUUUAAAAGAGUGCCUUGAAAUGUUGGAGUGUUUAGGAUUACCUUGGGUUCAAGCAGCUGGUGAAGCGGAGGCGAUGUGUGCUUACCUGAAUGCAAAUGGAUAUGUGGAUGGCUGCAUUACCAAUGAUGGAGAUGCUUUCUUGUAUGGAGCUCAAACAGUUUAUAGGAAUUUCACCAUGAAUGCAAAGGACCCACAUGUUGACUGCUAUACAAUGUCCUCUAUUAAGGAGAAACUACGUUGUGACAGAGAGUCUCUGAUUGGGCUAGCAAUUCUUCUUGGUUGUGAUUAUCUUCCUAAGGGAGUGCCAGGAGUUGGAAAAGAACAAGCUUUAAAGUUAAUUGAGACUUUGCGAGGUCAAAGUUUACUGCAGAGGUUUGAUCAAUGGAAAGGACAGCUUCAAUGUGGUAAUGCAUCUGUUCUAACAGUUAACAAGAUGACUCAUUGUUCUGUGUGCCAUCAUCCAGGUUCUUGUAAGGACCAUGAGCUCAGUGGAUGUAAACUGUGUGGAAGUGUUAUGUACUGUGAACCACAUGACUACCAAUGCUGCUGCCCUUGUGAGUGGCAUUGUUCAGAGCGAGUGAAACAGACAAAUGCAGUGGAGGACAAUAUCAGAAAAAAAGCUAGAGGUUGUGAGGGCUUUCCAUUUUCUGAGGUUAUCGAAGAAUUUCUUGUAAACAAAAACAAACUGGUCAGGAUAAUGGAGUGCCAGAGGCCAAAUUUAUUGUCCUUUCAGAGACUUGCUUUUGAGAAGAUGGAAUGGACCAAACACUAUGCUUGCAAGAAACUGUUGUCACUGUUGACACGCUAUGACAUGAUCAAAAGAAAGUCUGGUCAGACAGAUACAGAGCAACUGCAGGCAAUACGGAUAGUCAGGACACGUGUUAAAAAUGGAAUUCCUUGUUUUGAAAUUGAAUGGCAAAAACCAGAGCAUUAUGUUACAGCAGAUGAUCAGCCCAGAGAGUCCUUUGUGGUUACAGUAGAGGAAGAAGCUUUGUUUCAGGCUGCCUAUCCUGACAUUGUUGGCUUCUAUAAAGUGGAAAAGUUGGAAGUUUUGGAAAGGAAACAGAGAAGUAAGAAAAAUAAACCAAAAGAGAGAGAACGCUCAAAUAUCGAUGGUAAAGUUGCUGAUCUUCUGUCUCUGAUGAAUUUGCAGUCUACAUGUGAAAGCUUUCCUGAGCAGGAUUCCAAGUCAGAUUUUAAAACUCUUCCUGAUAAUCAAAUGCAGGAGAAAAGUAUCUCCAAAUCUAAUGAUUCCCUUUUAGCUGCAGAUUUUUCCACUGUAAUUGUUCAGUUACAAAACCCAGUAUCUACCCUUCCUCUAACUGCUUCACCCAACACUCAAUAUCAGAGUGCUUUAGAUAACUCUUUUACUUCACCAGCACAGUUUACUCAACUCCCUGAGGCAUCAUCCUCUUAUGUUUCCUCUAUGAUAGCUGAUCUACAAUUAAGUGGCAUUGAUUGGGAAGGAACCUCGUUCAGCAUUUCACCAGCACAUGUUGAUUCUGCCUGUUGUUCAGUGUCUGAGCUUGGUGCAUCUAAUAAUUGUAUAAGCCAACCAUGUACACUUCAGCACAAAACAAGGGAAAACACAAAAUAUUCUGGUGCUACACAAUCUGAUGAAGAUUCUUGCAUCAGUGCAGAGUAUUUGGUUCCAACCCCUACUGAUCUGGUAGGACAGCUUCAGAAGUUGCCUUUAAGAGAACGAAUAUUUCUGAAGACGUCUGUGCAGAAAGAUACUGCACUGUCUCUAAAUAUAGUGCAACCGAAACCUUUACAAUUGUUGAAACAAAUUAAAGAAACAUCAAUUCCUGAGACUGUUUCCACUUAUCCUUCAAUUCAAUUAAGUGACACCACAAAGGAAAGCAAAAUGUUAUCAGAAAAAUAUUUGAAGAUCUCUAGUGUACAAAAUUACCAGGAACAGUACAAAAAACCUGGCAACUUGGUACAAAUGGAGCAAAAACACCCCAAACAAAGCUGUUUGAAGUCUGUGGGUUUGAGCAGUCAAGCAACAGAGCCUUUGAACUCCGAAGGUGAAUCACUGAAGUUAGCAAAGGCCACAGAUAACUGUCACAUUAGAAAAUUCUGUACUCAAGCUACUUGGAAAACUUCCAUUAAAAAGAGUGUGUGCCAUGACAGACAUUCUUCUAGUGAGGACAGUGAUGAUGGGAAUAUGACAGAUAAAAAUCAGAUUUACAGAAUUAAACAGCGGAGACAACCGAAUCCAGCUCAGAUGAAGGAAAACACCACCAAGGAGAGAGGAAACAGAGGAUCAAAUCUUUCAACUAAAUGGAGAGAGAAAGAGGCAAAUUUAAAAAUAACUAGCACUAAUUUGUCAAUGGAAGUAUCUCCAAAACCUGCCUCGGUAGUGGAAGCUAACAGUUUCCCAAGCCCAAUACUGUCAUUUAAAAGAUUAGAUUCCUGUGCUUCUCUGCAGCAAAGCAAAAAUGAUGACUGUGAUGUAUGGGUAGAUAGUCCCCUGCCUCUGUCUGAAAGGCUCAAACUAAGACUCAAAAGCAAUUAG